AUCAAUUUUGUUUUUUUCAUGAAUAAAUUUUAAGAUUAAAAUUCAACAUAAUUGUUUUAUAAUUUUUCGUAAAAAAAUAAGUGUUGACACGAAAUUGUAAUUUGUAGGACGCUUGAUAAAUUACGGACAAGGAUUCUAACAAGAAGGUUGAGGCGGCGCCAUGCCGACGCCGCGCGGCUGGCGGCGGCUGCUGGUGGCGCUGGUCGGCGCCGCCGGUCUGGCGCUGCUGCUGCUCUCCCGGCAGCUGCGGCCGCCCGAGGCGCCCCUGCCGGCGGCGGCCGGCGCCCGGACCGUACUGCCCUACCACGACAGCUUCGAGUACCUGCUGAACAGUCCCGUGUGUGGUGGCGAGGAGCCGGUGCGGGCCGUGAUCGUGGUCCACUCGGACCCGCGCCGCCCGGAGGUGCGCCAGGCCAUCAGGGACUCGCUGCCGGCAGCCGAGCUGGCCCAACUCGGUCUGAGGCGCGCCUUCAUGCUGGCUGAGGCGUCCACCAGGCUGCGGGAGGACGAGGUCACCAUAGCGCAGUCGGAGAUAGCAAAGGAGAGCGCCCUACACGGCGACGUGGUGCAGGGAAACUUCCACGACUCCUACCACAACCUCACCUACAAGCACAUCAUGGCACUGGACUGGGCCAUCACCUUCUGUCCCCAGGCCAGACACAUCAUCAAGAUGGACGACGACAUCGUGUACAACGUGUACGAGCUGGUGAAGGUGCUGCACUUCGUGCCGUCCGCCCGCUACCUGGGCGGCAACGUGUUCCCGGCUGCCGCGCCCUACCGCGGCAACUCAAAGUGGCGCGUCAGCCGCGCCGAUUGGCCGCGCCAGUACUACCCGCCCUACGUGUCAGGCUGGCUGUACAUCGCCAGUCAGGACGUGGCGCGCGCCCUGGUCAUGCAGUCGACCGUGGUGCCGUUCUUCUGGAUCGACGACGUGUACGUGACGGGGAUCCUGGCCGAGCAGCUGCAUGUCACCGUCCGCGGCCUCAACAGACUGUUUGCCACCUCGGCCAACUGCACGCGCCACGAGACGCGCCAGGAGGGCUCCGGCCCGUCACCGAGCCCGGCCGCCGCCUACCUGCCCAGUGUGGUGGUGGCGCCCUCGGACCGCGACCUGGCCGCGCUGCGGGCCUUCAACCGGCUGUGCCGCUACUGCCGGGGCCGACCGUGCGGCCGGCGGCGGCGACCGGCCGUCUGCGCCAACGGCUUAUGACCGGGCCGGGGCGGCGCGCGGCGGCUGCUCAGCGGCCGACCCGCACGGAGGCAGAGAGUCGGGGCUCGGCGGGCGGGGUGAGGGGGAGCACGCGAGGCUGUGGCGCUCUCUGACAGCUGCAGCCGCAGUCGGCUGCCGGGCGGAGCGGCUGCAGGCGGCUGCCGGACGGAGCGGCUGCAGCCGGCUGCUGGUUACAGCGGCUGCUGGCGCAGUCGGCUGCCGGGCGGAGCGGCUGCAGUCGGCUGCCGGACGGAGCGGCUGCAGCCGGCUGCUGGUUACAGCGGCUGCAGGCGCUGCAGUCGGCUGCCGGGCGGAGCGGCUGCAGGCGCUGCAGUCUGCUGCCGGAUGGAGCGGCUGCAGUCGGCUGCCGGGCGGAGCGGCUGCAGCCGCUGUCUGCUGCCGGACGGAGCGGCUGCAGGCGCAGUCGGCUGCCGGACGGAGCGGCUGCAGGCGGCUGCCGUGCCGAGCGGGGCUUUUAGCACUGGUCACUGGACGGGGGACCGACAGUAUUGUGUUGGCACUUUUAGUAUUUAUGCUGUGAUGACUGCCUCCCGGGACUGCGGAACUGCCCUCCCCAUUAUGUUCUCCCCAUUAUAUGUUAGUGCUCGUGAUGGCAUCGUGCGUGGUUCGGACCCACAGAAUACGUCCCUGUAGCCCGAGUCGCCGAGCAGCUGACCGGACUCGGCGCCUCGUCGGAGUUUGGUUCUCAGUGGAGUCCAGUGUCGCUCAUACCGUAACGCCAUCUGCCACCGAGCACGUGAUAUUUUUAUACUUUUAUGACGUCAUGACCGCGUGUCAAAGUAUCGAUCUAGCACGGACAUGGCUCUGCUGCGUGUACCUGGUUCAGUGUAUGUUUUGUGUUUGUUAUAUUGCCCGACAUUCAAGUUGUAUCCACCUUUUAAACAUGCCUGUGUGACGCCGCGUGGUGUCCCAACUCCCGACCCGGGCACUGCCGCGCCCCUGGCGGCCGUUUGGGGAACCAGCCGUCCGCUCGGUGUCCGCUGUAUACACGGGCCGCAUCCCUCACAAAACCACUACUUAGUCGGGACGUGGAGCGUGCAGCCGGCAGGGGAACCGCCUGUUGUCGUGGGCGGUGUGAUACUGUAUGUUUGUUUUUGUAGCCGUGACCGCUGAUUGUGAUCCUUGUUUAGCGCGUCUCAGACGAGUGGCGUAUGUGCUCUCUGCAGCGCCCUAACCCGUGUAUCUGCUCACCUACUUACCGUGUGUCGCGCCCCUGCCGGAUAUCGUGUAUGCGUUUCUGCCACAGUGUGUCUGAGCCGACGGGUGGGGCCGUGGGCGUCACCUGCCACUAUGUACCGCACCAGGGCAGCUCAGACUGCAGUACACCGCGGCUCCUCGUCUGUUGUGUUCCACGCCCCACAGUCGUCACACGAGGGGGGGGGGGUGAUCGUCACACGGGGGGGAGGGGGGGGGAGAGUGGUUCAGCACCAGCCGGCGUGCGGUGUCACCUGGUGUUAGCGUCAGUGGAAGUGCGCGUGUCCUCGCUAGUCUGGGUGCUAGUCGUGUGGCGUGUGUCGGGGUGCCGCCCUCCCUCGGUGGCCAGGCCGGGUCGUGUCUGGGUCAAUACACACUGACAGACCGGA